CAAAACACGUACGUGACCUAGAGCUGCCUAAAGGUCGGAUAGUGGUGCGUAACCUUCACCCGUGCGUGUUCAUGUUGCAUUUUAUCAAUUUGUUGGGAAAUUGCCAACUGUAGUAACUGACAAUAUAUCGAUCAUAAUACUCGGGCACAGAGGAUAUUUGUACUCGUAGUAUGCAAAAGAAGGCUUAUCAGAGAAGCAAAUUUAGUCGUGCACUUAGUAUUGCUCACGCCGGUGUUGUUGUUACUAGUGUAGCAUUUGGUGUUUUACUUACCGGCUACACAAUCCUUUCAUUGUCAAGUUACUAUAUAUACAAAAGACCCGAAAUUAAAAGACAGCAAGCAGAGUACGCGAAAGCCCUCAUUUUCAAAGAAAAACGAGAAAAAGAGCUUGGUUUAAGAGAUUAAGAGUUGUUAACGGAGUCUUUAUGCGUGAAUCCUUCAACUUUUUCAAGAAAGCUUUUCGUACUAUAAUGUCUAUCUUAGAAUCGACUGAAGUCAAACUUGAGAUGGCCGCAUCACCUAAAGUCAAAGCUGAUGAUUUGUGUGUCACAACAACAACAACAACAACAAUUGCUGCUGCUGCUAGAAGUGGUGGAAGAUUAAAACGCAAAAAGUGUGCAAUCCUAAUGAUGUAUUCAGGUUGGGGAUAUUAUGGUAUGCAGAGAUGCCCUGUAUUUCCAACAAUUGAAGGUGAACUAUCAAAGGCUUUUUUUGCAUGUGGUCAACUUGAAAGUUUAACUGGUGAAGAACAUAAAAAAUUUCACUUUCAACGUGCCUCUAAAACUGACAAAUCUGUUUCUGCUCUUGGACAAGUAUGUUCAAUGUUGCUAGGAGACAACAAUGAUUUGGUAAGCAAAUUAAAUGAUGCCCUACCAGAAAAUAUUCGUAUACUUGAUAUCAUUCGUACAACCCGUUGUUUCUCUGCCAAAGGUUCGUGUAGUCAUCGAGUUUAUGACUAUCUAUUGCCGACAUUCGCUUUAUCACCAGCCUCGUCUAGUACUUUAUUGAAUGAUUCAAGUUGUUGGAAUUAUCGUGUAACAGCUGAACAGAUAACUCGAGCUAAUCAUCUGUUAGGCAGAUAUCAAGGGACGCAUAAUUUUUAUAAUUUCACUUCUGGAAGACUUGCAACCGAUAAAAGUUGUAAUCGUUUUAUCAUAUCCGCUGAAUGUAUGCCAGCAUUUCUACUUGGUGACCAUGAAUACACGCUUAUUCGUAUCACUGGUCAGUCGUUUAUGCUACAUCAAAUACGUAAAAUGAUUGGUUUAAUGUUGGCUAUUUUAAAAGGUUAUACAAAAGAGGAUGUAUUCGACUUGGUAUUUCAACGAGAAAGACUGGAUAUACCUAAAGCACCAGGACUAGGUCUUAUGCUGAAUCAAGUUGAUUUUAGUCAAUAUAACCAGAAAUAUCAAAAUGAUGGUAUACAUGAUCCAAUUGAUUGGAGUAAAUAUGAGGAACAAAGGGAUAAAUUUAAGCUUCAAUAUAUCUAUGAACAUAUUGAUCGAGUGGAGACAGAAGAAAAAUCUAUGUAUGAAUGGCUUUUAACAUUGGACAAUCAUACAUAUACUUACAGACAGCCAUCAGACCAUACAGCCACUAUAAAUAAUAAUAAUAGUAAUGCUGAAGGAUUAGAGACAAAUGAAUCGAUAAUCCCCUUACAUGAUGAUGGUGGUGAUGAUGCUAAAUCUACACACAUUGGUGAUGAUGGUGAUUUCGUAACCACCGAUGAUGUGAUUAAGGAUGAUUCGGACAUACCUUUAAAAAGAGAAAGAUUAGCCUUGUAGAUAAAUGAGAACUUUGUUUGUCUUUUUUGUAGAAUAAUUCUUCUGCUUUGUAUAAUUAUGUAUUCUCAUACUUGAGUAGUUGUCUUUUAAUAAAUGAAAAUUUCUAAAUAAAAAUGUACACUGGUCA